CCUAGAUGGUAGAGUCUGGAAACUUGCAGGUUAAAAUGCAGAGAACUUUGCAGGACAGAUGGAGAGUUUGUUGUGAUCCAGCUGACAGUUGACUUAGAAAAAGGCCGGUAGAUUGAAUGAUGGUUGUAUCUGUAAAGUUGUACAAAGACCAGCAGUACUCAGCUUUAAAAAAAGACUGCCUUCAGCACCAUCGGCUGUUUGAGGACGCUUAUUUUCCUGCUACAACUGAGUCACUGUUCUAUUCCAAGUCACCUCCAGGACUGAUUGAGUGGAGACGACCACAGGAGCUGUGUGAAUCUCCUCGCCUAUUUGUCAAUGGAAUCAGUUCACACGAUCUGAAUCAAGGACAGCUGGGCAACUGCUGGUUUGUGGCUGCUUGUUCCUGUUUAGCUCUGAGGGACGGCCUGUGGCAAAAGGUAAUUCCAGACUGGAAAAAGCAGGACUGGAACCCAAAAAAGCCAAAUGAUUACGCUGGUAUUUUCCACUUCCGAUUUUGGCGCUUUGGUGAGUGGAUCGACGUUGUGGUCGACGAUCGUCUUCCAACAAUGAAUAAGAAGCUCCUAUUUUGUCACUCUAGUUCUAAAGAGGAGUUCUGGAGUGCACUCCUGGAGAAGGCAUAUGCAAAGCUGGCAGGAUGUUAUGAAGCCCUGGAUGGAGGCAACACGGGUGAUGCAAUCGUUGAUUUCACUGGCUCGGUUGCAGAAAACAUAGAUCUGCAUGAGGUCAAAAACACAAAAGACAGUGUCCAAAGGCACAAGCUGUUUGAGAAGCUGUUGAAAGUUCACAACCGAGGAGGGCUAAUCAGCUGUUCUAUCCAUGUAUGUCUCCCCAUUCUGCCUCUUCCUAUGAAUAAAUGGACACAUUAUCCCACUGCAGAGUAGCUUUAACCGAUGUGUGUUAAAUGCUGAGCUACACUGUAAGAUAUAAUGCAGACUGCUUCUCAAUACAGAGUACUAUCUUUUUCACAAAACUAAAAAAUGGGGACUCUGUGACUAAAAUGAGCAUUCCAAAAUAUUCCACGAUAUAACAAUGGACUCAACUGAAUAUUGUUGAAGAGAGGUUUGGAGUCACAAUAUGGGUUGAAACAUCAUCCUUUCAGCUCCAAAACAAGAACUCUAAUUGGUUUUCACUUAUUGUGAUAAAGUUUUCCUUCAUUUACUGAAUAUAUGGAUGUUUGCUUCCUGUGGACACGUGUCAAUAGCAUUGACACUAAAAUGAUCAAUGCCACUCAAAAAGAUCACAGGGAGAUUGUGGAACUGACAGAAACCUGUCAAAACCACUGGUGAAGUAAUUCUUAAUUUGAAUCAAGAUGCAUUAUUGAGGAAAAGUACAGGAAACUUUAACUGUAAAGUGUUCCAAAAAGGACAGAGGAGAAAGAAAUUUGCUUAUGUAGUUUUGCAUGACAUUCUUCAAUAAUAUCAAUGACUGGAAGUAGCACUAGAUAAACUAAUGUCUUCCCCGUGGAGUACCAUCUGCAGCUAGGACAAUGCUAAUGAUGGUUCUGUAUGCCAAAAUUCAGAAACAGUGCAUUUAAAUGGUAAGCAAGAAUGUGAAAUUUAUAUUCCCUACUAUAACAGAAACCUCAACAAAUGCUGUAAGGAAUAUUCUUCUGAGCUUGAAUCAUAAAUGAGGUCUCUGAACCAUAGGAACAUACAAAACAGGAGCAGAAGUAGGCCAUUCAGCCUUUCAAGCCUGGUCUGUCAUUCAAUAU